AUGCAAAAAAUAAUUAAUCAUGAUCGUUUGUUUUCUCCAGAUAAUUUGAAAUAUGUAGAAGUGAACAACUUUUCCGUAAGUAGUAAGCCUUUUGAUGCCGAAUUAGAUCGAAAGACAAGACCUGAUCAGAUCGAACGUCAAAAGCACUUCUUAAGUGGUCUGAAGAAUGCUCGUAACUUGCUCAAGAGCAUUGAGCAUAGCAUCCAGAAGACUGAUAGAUAUGAGCAGCAAUUGAUGCGAUGCAGGGCCAAACACUCGCACGCGCAUGGCGUCAACGAGUGGUGCGGCAGUGAGGCGGACGAAAAAGUGAAGACUGGAAUAAUAUUUUCAAGAACUCCAGUCGAUAUGACUCAAUCGUGGUCUACUGUGAGCGUCGUGUGCCUUCAAUAUCAAUACGAAGAACUUUCGAAACGUUAUGAAGCUCUCCUGAAAGCUUAUGACGAACGCUGCAGCGCUGUCAAUUCACGUGAUAUCGCUUUAGAAAACCUGCAGCGCUGUCUUGAAGAAAAUAGAUCAGAGUUGAAGCAAGCACACCAAUCAUUGCUCGCGGUUGGCGAGAAAUUCUUGGAGCUUAAACACAAGAAAAAAUCUGAAACAGCAUUUUACGAAGAAAUCAUCAUAUCUCUGAGGGAGGCGGUGAGUCGAGUGGUGGACUACACGGAGCGUGCGCGCGCGCACCUAGAUCGCCAACUCGAGAAAUGUAUGAGAGCAGAGAAAGAUACUUCGAAAGCAUUGCUACUCGCCGAGAUAAGAAAAUGCAACAUUCUCUAUGUGGAAAACCUUCGUCUAAAAACAUGCAUUGAAAAUUUUGAACCAGGCCUUAUCGAUUGGGAUAUAGAGUCUGUUUGA